AUGGAAAUCAGUUUUCCACUGGAGAUCUCAGGAGCCGCUUCUGAAGGCAGCAGAACCUGCAGGAAGAAACGGAGGGAGAGUGAGAUUCAGCAGCAGGCGGGGAGUCGAGAUGAGGAGACGCUGCAGCUGAAGGAGACCUACAGCUCUCUGCAUCAGGAGGUGGACAUCAAAGACAAGAAGCUGAAGAAGCUGUUUUCCAAGCUGCAGGCAGUGAAGGCAGAAAUCCAGGACAUCCAGGAAGGGCACAUCAAAGAGCGGCAGGAGUCCGUGCACACGCAGAACGAGCUCACCAGAGAUCUCAAACUCAGAAACGUGAUAAUUGAAAACUUCAUGCCACUGGAGGAGCAGAACAAAAUCCUCCACAGGGCUUUCUGUGACGAGGAGGAUGAGAGCUUGAAGAUGAAGGCCAUCAGUCGCACCAACGAGUAAGUUUGGAGCAAAAGCAAC